UUUUUCUCGGUCAAACUUCUCUCCUUUUUCCUUCGUUUUCAAGGAUUUCAAACUAAAACCAGCUCCCACAUACAAUCAUGCUCGGCUUCUCACCAAAUUUAUCGGCCCCUAUAAAUUCACCUGCACUCGUCAGUUUUGCUACUUCUCUACAUGAUUUUACCGUUCCAUAAAUGACAUAUAUAAGUGAUUAAUAAAGUACCUAGCUAGCUAUUUCCAUGCUCUUUAAAUGCUCCUUCGUCUUUCAAACUUGUAGCUCUCGCAGAAAAGAAAUUUCACUCCAUAUAUCAGAAAACCCAGUUCAAAUUUCUGUUCAAACCUCAUACUUUGUCUACUUUGCUACUUAGAACAGUAACUUUGUUUUGUUUCAUAGUUUCCCCAUCUAUAUAUUAUAUGAUCAUCAUCAUGACCACGGUCCUACUAGUCUUAUAAGCUUUGCAUGUUAUAGAAGUUAUAACUAGCAAGAUUUAUAUAUCCAGUUUAUAGCUAGCUAGAUCGUUAAUUACUUGGUAUUAUAUAGUAAUAUAAAGAUUAUGGAGACAAAGGUGGGAGAUUGGGAGCAAAAGAAUCUAGUGAAUGAGCUGACACGCGGGAAGGAAGUAGCAAGGCAACUCCAAAUGCAUCUGAAUAACGGGACAUCUGCUUCGCAGGAAACCCGGGAAUAUCUGGUCCAGAAGAUCUUAGUUUCCUAUGAAAAGGCGCUUUCAAUGCUGACUUGGACCACCUCCUCACCAGCCGGAGAUCAUCUGCAGCCACAGCCUAGCCCGGGUGUUUCAGGUCUGAUGUCCGAAUCGCCGCCAUCUCUCAACGGAAGUCCGCGGAGUGAUCAGGACUCCGACCGUGAUCAGGAACAUAGAGAUUAUGCCUCUAGGAAGAGGAAGAUUUUACCACGGUGGACACAACAAGUGAGGGUGAAUCCGGGGAUGGGGCUUGAAGGGCCUCUUGAUGAUGGCUUUAGCUGGAGGAAAUAUGGCCAGAAGGACAUUCUUGGUGCCAAAUAUCCCAGGGGCUAUUACAGGUGCACACAUCGGAACGUUCAAGGCUGUUUGGCCACGAAACAAGUCCAACGAUCCGAUGAAGACCCUAAUAUCUUUGAAAUCACAUACCGCGGAAGGCACACGUGCACCCAAGCCUCGCACGUGCCAUCUCCAAUUCUAGCAUCACCUGAACGAAACCAAGAUCAAGUACCACCAAUAGAAUUACCUCAUGAUCAUCAUCAGCAAAACAACAUUAUUAUAAACCAGCAACAAAUCACAACAGUACUACAAGAUCCAUAUCAUGAUCAUGCGCUUUCCAACUUCAGAUCUGGCCUCAAAGUCGUCACCGAAGGCUUAGACAACCGCGACGAUCAGCCGUCGUUUUUCCAUUUCGCUUCAACAUCAAAUGUUGUUGACAAUGUCAAGUCUGAAGGUCAAAGCCACGGCCACAGUACUUUUGGGACAAAUUCCACGAUGGUUGGCGGAUUUUCUCCUUCCACGUUCGUGUCCCCGGCGACUUCAGGGACAAACUAUUUCUCGGUGUCUCAAGGCGCGGGGAACAUCAAUGAUCACGAUCAGUUUGGAUUGCAACAACAACAUUUUCAUAAUGAGUCUGAGAUUGCUGAGAUAAUUUCGGCGGUUGCUUCAUCAGCUACUGGCACCCAAACUGUCGGGAAUUAUAUCCCAUUUGGAUCACAUGGUCAUCAGGGCACUAGUACUGGGGGUGAUCAUUUCGACUCCAACUUUUCGUUCGACAAUUCGGGUUUCUUUUAACUAAUCAUCCAAAUAACGCAGGUUAUUAACUUAUUAAGUGACCAAACUUAUGACAAAGUGGACGUUGUUUUGUUUCAACCACAGUUUGGUAAUUAAUAGGUUGGUUGCACUUUGUUCUAUAUAUAAACAUAUAUAAUGCUUGUUCAAUUUUAGAUGUUACUUUCAAUUGUACUACUAGAAGAAGAGUCUUAAUUUGGUAUUGGCUGGCGAAGAGAAUUUUGCUAGAUUUGUAACCCUUUUUCGUUUCCUUCUCUUACAGUUUUUAUUCUUUGCGGCCAAAAGUGAUAA